AUGUCGAUACGCAUAGCGCUCGACAACCCGCCAGAGUUCUACACGAACCUGGACGUGGUCACAGGCCGGAUAGUUCUUGGCCUCAACCGGCCCGAGCAGGUCGGCGCCGUCAUUGUGAAGCUGGAGGGCGAGUCCAAGACGGCGUUGAGCGUGCCUGCUGGUGUACAGGAAGAUCUCGGUCACAGCCGCAGGGCGUCUAAUAGUGGCAACAUCAUUCAUGAGAGCCACAAGAUCCUUUAUAAGGUCCAGCAGGUCUUUCCGGAUGAGAAUGUGCCGUCUGUGGCUAUGCCGGUGAUGCUCAACCCGGGCCAGUAUGCAUGGCCCUUCCGAUUCAAGGUUCCUUUCAACAAUGCCUGCAGCGACCCGAAUGCCAUGGCCAGGAUGGGCGGGUUCGCUGGGGCUGGCGGAUAUGCCUCUGGGUCUGGUCUGUUCGGUCUCGGAGGCAUCAGAGUCAUGGACGGGAGCAAGCAAUUGAUGUAUCCUCACGUCACAAAAACGCUGCCGCCCAGCUUUGACGGCUUUCCAAGGGAGGCCGAGAUUCGUUAUUACAUCAAAGUCACGAUACAACGGCCUGGUCUAUUCAAGGAGAAUUGGCGGUACCAGAUAGGCUUCAAGUUCUUACCGAUAGAAGCGCCUAGACCGCCAAUUACGAAUCAAGAAGCGUACGCCAGGCGGCCUUUCACCUUCACACCACGGACGCCAGUGCCUCUAAAUCCAAAACGAGCCAAGAGAUCUAGUUUCUUCGCCGGGAUGGGAAGCUCGAGCUACCAGGUCCCCGGCCCCGGUCCUACUCCGUCUGAGGACGGAAAGCAGGGCCAGGCUCAGCCGCCGUCUAUCGAGAUGUCGGCCCGCCUACCACACCCUUCCAUCCUCACUUGUAACAAACCAGUACCCCUCCGCCUCAUCGCCAAAAAGCUUGUCACGUCCAGAGAACAAUUAUAUCUUACCUCCCUUCAAAUUGACCUUGUUGGCAUGACGCACGUCCGCUGUCAAGACUUGAUCAACACCGAAACCACCCGCUGGGUCGUUACCUCGCGUGCCGGUCUGGCUAUCCCCCUCUGCCCACCUGACGACCCCAUUGGUGCCGAGACCGUCAUCCCCGACACACUUUGGCGCGACCAGCCCCUUCCCAAUACCGUCAUGCCGUCCUUCAUAACAUGCAACCUCAGUCGCUCAUAUCAGCUGGAGUUAAAACUUGGCGUUAGUUGGGGCUUACCACCAUCUUCAUCCAAUUUCCGCCUCGGAAAAGCAAAAGAAGUUGGCAUCGUCCCGCAGGCCAUCUUCUUACCGCUACACUUCAGCACUGUUGAGGUGUACUCCGGCCUUGCGCCCCCGGAGUCACUUGUUGAAGCAAUGAGACAACAAAGCGUCAGAAGACCUAGGCCGCCACCGCGGCCGAGCGCAGCGCAAUCGGCGCCGGUCGUGCCGUCAGCAGAUCCCUUAUAUCCUCCGCAGUUAGCACCGGGUCAGACGCCCGGGCAAGCCGGCGCGGGUGCCGCAGCGCCGCCUUAUGAUGAAGCACCGCCCAGUUACGACGAGGCAAUGGCGGAGGAGAUGACAGGUCCGGUCUUCCCGGCAGGCCAGACGCGGCCGGCAUAUAGCGGUGUCACGAAUGAGAAUGCACCAGACUCAUUACCUAGUAAAAACUAA